AUGAGCAAGUCUAACCACAAAAACAAGAGCAAACCCACAAGCAAGGGACCUCCAUGUUUCUCUGAGUUUGGUCAGAAAGCUAAAGACUUGCUUACCAGUGGAUAUUCCAGGAGCCAGAAAUUUAGCUUCACAACCCACAGUGAUGGUGGAGUGAAAAUUACUUCAACCGCGGCAAAGAAGGGAGGUUGCUCAACUGCAGCUGUGGCAGGAGCAUACACAUACAAGAAUGCAAAUUUUGACUGUCGAAUCGAUACGGAUUCAAAAAUUACUGGAACCCUCAUUUUAAAUGAGAAGUUUCUGUCAAGCACGAAUACUAGCGCUUCGUUCAGCUUGCCUGAUUACCAAUCAAGCAAGCUCCGGGUUCGAGUACGCCAAGAAUAUGCUGCUCUGUCCACAUCUGUGGCUUUGAACAAGUCCCCUGCAAUAACAUUUUCAGCAGCUGUAGGGAGUUCAAGCAUUGCCCUUGGUAUGGAGACACAGUACAAAACUGCUUCUAGCUCUUUCUCCAAGUGCAGUGCAGGCAUUUACAUGAAGAGUCUCAAUUCUGAUGCUUCAAUAAUUCUGGCAAACAAAGGUGACUUGCUAACAGCAUCAUGUGUUCUUUAUCUCAAUAAACAAAAGAAGCAUGCAGCAGUGGUAGAGUUCACUCAAAAGCUGUCAACAAAGAGAAACACCUUGACAGUUGGAGGAUCUUAUGCUGUUGAUCAUCAAACAGUAGUGAAAGCUAGACUUGACGAUCACGGAGAGUUUAAGACUGUUCUACAGUACAAUGUUAGACCCAAGUCAUGCCUGGCUAUCUCUGGUGAAUUCAACACCAGGGCAAUUGACAAGAUUCCUAAAAUUGGGUUGGCACUUUCUCUUGUACUUUAA